UUCGUGCCGGAGGCGUUAUCGGGAGCACGUGUGUCGUAAAUUACGAUGGUUUUGGCCGCACAUUUAAACAUCAUCCGUGAGCCAGUGGCAGCAGGCGCACGAAGGUAUUGCGUCUCUCGAGAACCGGGCUGCUGAAUUCAUCAAGCGUCGAGUCGUCAAUGGAGGCAGACAGGCAGGGCUGUCGUCUGUCCGAGAUGUCGCUUCUGCUGCUCAUACUCGCUUGCGCUACUUGGACUGUUGGAGCGGACAAGAAAUCGGAACCACCGCACAUCGUGUUCAUCUUAGCCGAUGACCUGGGAUGGGCCGACGUGAGCAUGCACGGCUCCGCCCAGAUACCGACGCCCAACAUCGACGCCCUUGCCAGCACGGGCAUGGCGCUCAACAACUACUACGUGCAACCACUCUGUUCGCCUUCCAGGGCAUCGCUGUUGAGCGGCCUCUACGCCAUACACACCGGUUUUCAAGAAAGCGCCAUAUUGCCCGGAGUGCCAGCGGCGUUGUCCCUGAACGUGAAGAUUAUGCCCCAGUAUCUCAAAGAUCUUGGCUAUGAAGCGCACAUGCUAGGAAAGUGGCACGUUGGAUACCAUAACCUGAAUUAUACUCCAACCUAUCGAGGUUUCGACAGCUUUUGCGGCUUGUACACCGGGCCUGAAGACUACUACAGCCACAUUUUAGAAUGGGAAGGUCGCCGUGGACUUGACUUCUGGAACGAUACGCAGCCCCUUACGACUGAGGACGGAAAAUACUCUACCACUCUGUUCACGGAGCGGGCUACUUCUAUCAUAUCGAACAGGGAUAAAUCAAAACCCCUGUUCCUGUACCUGGCGCAUCAGGCAUCACACAGCGGCAUCAAUCCGAAUCCACUGCAAGCCCCAGAAGAAAACGUGGCUAAAUUUCCGUACAUUGGCCAACCGGACAGGACGACUUAUGCGGGGAUGGUGGACGCCCUGGACCAGUCCAUCGGGGCUGUUCUGGAAGUGCUCGAAGCGGAGUCCAUGCUGAAGAACACGAUCAUCGUGUUCAGCAGCGACAACGGUGGCUCCCCCACGGGAUUCGUGUCCAACUUCGGUUUCAACUGGCCCUUACGCGGUGCAAAGCAGACUCUUUGGGAAGGCGGCAUCCGUGCAAGCGCAUUCAUUUGGAGUCCUCUGCUUCGUCAUGGCGGGAAGGUGUCGCAGCAGCUCAUGCACAUCACUGAUUGGUUGCCAACGUUAUACGCGGCAGCUGGAGGAGACGUGAAGCGCCUAGGUGCUCUCGACGGUGUCAACAUGUGGCACUCCCUCGUCGUCGGCAAGCCGUCACCUCGCACCGAGUUACUGCACAACAUCAAUCAGGAUACCGGAAUGGCUGCUCUGCGUUAUCGAAACUUCAAGCUCAUCGUGGGGAGCAACGGAGAGCUGGACGCGCGCUACGAGAUCCCAGGAGGUAGCCGACCGUACGAAGACCUGGACGUCCUGCUGAAGCAGUCCAAGGCAGCCGCUGUGCUGAGCCGAUUCUACGGGAAGAAGGACGUGUUCAAGCACGUCGACAAAUGGAGGCGGCAGGCGACACUCGAGUGUGGUCAUACUUGCGACGCCAACUUCGUAAUGGGCGGGACCCGCUACCUUUUCGACAUAGCUGAUGAUCCGUGCGAGCAGCGAAACUUGGUCGACGAGCGACCUGACGUUCUGUCUGUGAUGUUGAAAAAGCUGGCCACCUACAACAAGACGGUGGUGCCACCUGUGACUACAGAGCAAGACCCCAGGAGUUACCCUGACCAGCACAAUGGCAUUUGGGCACCGUGGCUGUGAAAGUGAAAUGGGAUGCGUACCAGCCCGCAUCGUUGUAUAUACCAUUCAUUACGAAUUCAUACUGCGCAACAAAUAAACAGAAAUCGAUUAUUUGACAGAGUGAUUUGUAUCGCCCCAUAGGGCGUCUUAGAAAACUAGGUAACGUCGCAUCGGCGCAAUCCUUCUUCCGCAGUGGCGUAAAGUUAAUAAAUGCAUACAGAACCAAAGCAUGGUAUGUAGGGACACAUUUCUGAGACGUUUCUUCACGAAUAACGUCAGCAAGCACUUAAGUAUAAUGUGCCGUGUGGAAACCUGUGCGAAAUGAAAAA